CACAUGGACUUUUGCCCAUGUUUUAAACGGAUUUUUUUUUUUUUUUUGCUAUUAAGUUUUUAUAGUUCUUCACAUUUUCUAGAGAAUUGUCCUUUGUCAGAUAUGUGCUUUGCAAAUAUCUUCUCCCAGACUACAGCCUAUUUGUCCUUCUAACUGGGUUUUUCUUUGAGCAAGAGUUUUUCAUUUGGAUAACAUCCAAUCUCUCAGUUUUUCCUUUUAUGAACUGUGCUUCAGACAUCAAAUCUAAGAACUGUUUGCCUGGCCCUAGAUCCUGAAGAUCUUCUUGUAUGUUCGUUUCUAAAAUUUUUGUAGUUUUGUCUUACACUUCAGACUGUGAUCCAUUUUGAGUUAGUUUUUAUAUAAGGUGUGAAGGAGGAGAGAGGUUGAUGUUCUUUUGAUUUUUUUCCCUAUGGAUGUCCAAUUGCUCGGCACCAUUUGUUAAUAAGUUCUCUUCCCUUCAUUGAUUUGCUUUUGCAACUUUGCCAAAAAUCAGCUGGGCCCAGGCAGAGUGGCUCAUUGCUAUAAGAAAAUUGCUGUUAACUAUGUGCCGACGCAUGAAAAAUGUUGUAAUCCUGAUAAAAAUCCUGAUAAUAAUACCUAUCUCUUUGUCUACAGUCUUUAGCUAUAUAUAUCUGCAAAGACAGAGGAGUCUAAAUAAAUGUAUGUACUUCAGAGGCCUGGGCUGAUGAAGAUAUUUUGGUCCCUACCUGGGAGACACUUGAACUCACACCGUGGGCACCUCUGGAGCUGACUGGGGAGAUUUUCCUGAAUUCUCAGCUCCCGCUGUGUCUGGACACCAUGUGGCUCCCCCAUCAGAGGAUGGCCUCACACUGCUGCUGGCCUGGGCCCUCGCACUGAUUCACAUCUAGAAGGGGACCAGGUCGUAGAGUAACCCUCGGUCCAUGUCUCAGCUCUAGACUCACAGGGUGGGAGGUAAGACUGUGGAUGUGUGGGUGUGGGAGGGUGAGGACGACCCCUGGACCAUCCUGCAAUUUCCUGUUUGCCAAAGAAGACUCCAUUCUGGAGAAGAGAGAGACAGGGGGUGCAGGGAGCAUCAGUCCUCUCCUGGCUCUCAAUGGACAUGGCAUCAAAUCCACUAUGACACAUAACCUGUCUGGCACAUCUCUCGCCCCAGGGCCCAGCAUGUCUCUGCAGGAAGGCAGGGCAUCCCACGACAUCACGAGCUCCUCUAGGAAUAUAGGAGCCAAGGAGCUGCUGAGAUCUGCUGAUCACCUGCUCACUCCACUGCAGCCACCCGGAGCCAUGGCUCCCAAGGCCACAUCCUGAGUGAGGACAGGACCUCAUUUCCACCUGAACCCAUCUCCCAUCUCAGCCACCACAGGGGCUCACUCCUGACCCCAAACUACACCUCACCUCUUCUUCUGUUCCUGUGCCCGGCCUUCUCCCCAGACAUGGCUCCAUCACAGCAAUUCUCUAUCCACAGCUCGUGGGUCAGCCCCAUCCACAGCCCCCAGGUCAGCCCCACCCACAGCCCCUGGGUCAGCCCCAUCCACAGCCCUGUUUCUGUCCCCAGACUACUGCCCAAAGUCUUGCCUAGCACUGGUUCCAGCCUGAUCUUUUCCUAAAUGUUGCUGCCGGUCACCCCCAUAGCACAGCACAAGUCUCAGCGCAGCCUCUUCCCUGCCUGACCCCAGCUGAGCCUCCAGCUCUGAAAUCCUCCAAAACCAGGAAACAACAACAAUGCCCUGAACCCUAAGGCCAUUUCUUCCAAGAGUCCUGCCUGCACCCCUUGACCACAGAGAGACUGAGGGUGGAGAGGGCAUUUGUCCUCUCCUGGCACUCAAAGGACCUGACAUUAAAUCCACCACAGCACAUAUCCUGUAUGGCACCCCUCUUGCCCCAGGGCCCAGUGUGUCUCUUCAGGAGGGCAGGGCAAGGUCGGCUUCUAGCCCUUCCCAGAGCCUCACUCAGGGCAGAGACUCCCUCGGAGCCACCCUUCCCCAGGCUGGGCUUCCAAGGAUUGUCUGUGGCUUCCCGAUCACCCCUCCUCCCUUUCCCUCUCCCACAGCUGUCUUGGCCUCUCUCUGCACCCUCAGGCUCCUCUGCUCACCCAGAGCCCCAAGUGAGCCCAGGAGGGAUUGGGAAGCUGGGGGAGGAGUGUGGCUCCCAGGGGAACCCAGGUUGGGACCCACCUGCCACCCCCAUCUGGACCUCACCAGCUCUGUCUCCUCCAGUGGCCCCCAUGAGUCCUUACCUGAUGCUGUGCCAGCCGCACCUGAGAUGUGGGGACAAGUUCUACGACCCCCUGCAGCACUGUUGCUAUGACGAUGCCGUCGUGCCCUUGGGCAGGACCCAAAGGUAUGGAAACUGCACCUUGAGGGUCUGCUUCGAGCAGUGCUGUCCCUGGUCCCUCAUCUCCGAGGCAUCCCUCAUGGUGAAGAUGAAAGGCCAGAAGUGCCCCUCAGCCCUGACUUCGGAUGACAGGCUUUGUCGCAGGUGAGAUGAGAUGUUUUAAUACUUCCUGUCCCAGAGGUUUAUUUACUUUUUUUUUUAAUUAGGUCUAGUUUUGUUUUUUGUUUUUUUUUUUUGUGACAGAGUUUCGCUCUGUCACCCAGGCUGGAGUGCAGUGGCACUAUCUUGGCUCACAGCAACCUCCGCCUCCUGGGUUCAAGCAAUUGCCUCAGCCCCCUGCAUGGGAUUGUUUGUGCAGGGAAGCAGAUGGGCUGCAUGCCUGUUCUACCCUGGGUGGAGUCCCCGUUCUCCCUGCUCUACUCACUCCACCUUUCUUUUUUCCUCCACUAGUUUCUCUUCCUCCAUCUGUUUUGAUUUCUGUGGGAAGUAGAAGAGUUCCUUUAAAGUUUCCUUUCCUGUUAAAGAACAAAUUAUAAGUGUGCUAAUAAC